AUGAUUGAAUCUUAUCGAUUUGAUGUGGUUUUUAUUGGCGAUUAUAGUGUAGGGAAAACAGCUUUGUUCACGCGAUAUAUUGAUGGUGCGUUUAAUACUGCAGAAUACUACUUCAAUUGUAAACAAGCAACAAAUAGGCGCACACUGAUCAACGAGAACAAUAUAGAAUUUAAUAUUUGGGAUGUAAACAAAACAGAAGAUGAACAUGAAAAAUCAGAACAAAGUAAAUUACGAUUACGAUGUUUUGAUGGUAUCAUACUCGUAUUUGAUAUCACAAAUGAAGUGUCAUUUGAAAUUAUUCAACAAUGGCUUACUCAAGUUUGUGAACAUCAUUCUCUACCAGUUAACAUAUUGGUUGGAAAUAAAUUGGAUUUACUUGAAGAGAAAGUAGUCGAUUUAAGUCGAGCAAAAGCAUAUGCUGAUAAAUUAAAUAUGCCAUUUGUUGGUAAGCGAAGUACAAGUGCUAAAAGUGGUCAAAAUGUUGAACAAGUGUUUAAAAUUCUUGCUGAACAAAUGAAACGCAAACGUGAGCAAGAAUAUUGCUUGAAAAAACAACAGCGACAGAGACGACAACAGCAACAAAACAGACAGCCUUGGUCACUAAAGAAAACUCCUCAGUUGGGAACAUCAUGUCUCCAAAUAGCAAAUAUAUGUAAUCAUAAAGCUGAUACAAAUUCUCAUCAGCAUCAAAAAUCAAAAUGUAAAAAACAAGAACCAUUUUUAUGCUAUUUUUGUGCUGAACAAUGA